AUGCUCUCUUGCUUCAGCUCGUUCGUUUACCAAACCUAUCUUCAGAAAUUCCCUCAGCACAUCGGCCGCACGAAAUUCGCAGGCUUUGCGGAGUCCCAUGUAUCUCUGUUGGCUGUUGUCGUCAAUCGUGCGGGCAACGAGGUGACGCUCAAGCACCUCGCCAUCGCGACGGGCAUGGCGCUCCGUACAUUCUACGGGUCCUGA